GCACCAUGGAUUUUCUCUAAUAUUCUUGGGAUUGCUUGUUAACUUCAUGAUAUCACUGAAGUUAGCAUUUAUCUCUGACCUUCCUUUUUGGGCUCAGGUGAGUACAUAUGCAAUCAGAGAUGCAGAGGAGUACAAGAACUUUUGUGAUCGUCCAAAAGACCAGCGCCCAUUGCCUGAAGAAGUUAUUGGUGACAUUGCUGAACAUUUGGCAACAAUACACCUCAAACGCUGUGAACGUGGAAAACGCUGCUUAUAUGAAGGUUCAACUCCACCAGGAGGAUUCCCAAAUUCAUGGAAUGGAGCGACGUACUGCACCUCAGAACUUGCUAUUUUGAAGAAUAAUGAGAUACAUACCUGGGAUAGGGGUUAUGAUGAUGAUGGAAAUCAGGUUUGGGGAGUGAUGGAAGGCCCUUACGAGUUCAAGCCAGCACCUGCAUCCAGUAACAACACCAUGUUGUCUCCUUUAAAUUUCCCUCCUUUGCAGACCAUGGAUAAGAGGAUAGAGGGCUCAUUUGUCUUGCAGGAAUGAUCAGUCUCCUAUGACCAUAUUCGUAUAGAUUUUCUACUUUGUUACAUAAGCUGGAAUAAGUUUUUCAAAGUUCA